AUGAGAAAGACACUCCGCCCCAAGAGCGUCAAAGCAGCUCGGAUGGAAGACAGCGGCUCUGCGGCCAGCGCAGUUAAAGCGUCAAUUCGCUCAGGCAACUGCGAAGAGGAUUGCAAAAACCUGCAAUACGCUUGGUUGGGCAAGCCGAGUUUUAUCCAUUUUCCACUUGGCAUAGGAACCGAAUUUCUUCAGUUCUGGGAGCAAGCAUGGUCUAUUUCUGGCGCUCAUUUUCAAUAUCUAAUCCAUGUUGUGAUAGACGAGGUUUCUAUUCGUCUUCCCAUCCAUCCAUCCAUCCGGCCAGCCAGCCAUCCAUUCAUCCAUCCAUCCAGAAUAACGUGA